CACAAAUCCUCCCAGUCCUUCCACUUUGAAUGUCACUGGAGGGAAGAGGUGAACACAUUUUGAUCCACUUUGAAGGCAGCCUAGAAGUGGAGGACCAAGAUGGAAGGGCAAGAGCCAGCUCUUGCCCAGAUAGAAGUAUUUCCUUCUGCUGUUGAGGCAGAGAACAAUAGAACACUAUGGGAGGACCCUUGGAAGAAAGACCGGGAGAGCAGUCUGCUCCACUCAGACCUUCAGUGCCAGAGCUUCAGACAGUUCACCUACCAGGAGGCCUUGGGGCCCCGAGAGGCCUGCAGCCGCCUCCACUCUCUCUGUUGCCUGUGGCUGAAGCCCGAGCGACACUCCAAGGCGGAGAUGUUGGAUCUGGUGAUCCUGGAGAAGUUCCUGGCCGUCCUUCCUGCCGAGAUGGAGCGCUGGGUGAGGGAAUGUGGGGCAGAGACCAGUUCCCAGGCCGUGGCCUUGGCUGAAGGCUGCCUCCUGAGUCAGGAAGAGGAGAGGAAGCGGGACAAGCCCCAGGUGCAGGACUCUUUUGUGAAUGAGACCAACCAGGUGGAGGAGUCUCCUUCAGACACCAUGUGUGUUGCCCAGACUGGAAAUGGAGAACAUACCACAGUUGGCAGUGAAACACGGCCAAGUGACAGUAACACAACUUUCCAUGAUUCUUUCGUAAGAGGAGAUUCCGUGGUACCAAAUCAGGUGACUUUUGAAGAUGUGUCUGUGGAUUUCUCAGAGGAUGAGUGGGCCCUCUUGGAUCCAAGCCAAAAAGCCUUGCACCAGCAAGUCAUGGAGGAGAAUUUAGGGAACGUGUCAUCUCUGGAGGAGACACCAUUUAAAUAUUUGGAAUUUGGAAUGAAUUUUAAUUGGAAGGAAGUACCCACCUUUUGUCAAGAAACUCACACGAGGGAUAAGCCAUUUAAAUGCUUGCAGUGUGAAAAGAGCUUCAGUCAGAAAUCAAAGCUUGUUAGUCAUCAGACAACUCACACAGGAGAGAGACCUUUUAAAUGCUUGGAGUGUGGAAAGAGUUUCCGUCAUAAGGCAAACCUUGUUAUGCAUCAGAGAAACCACACAGGAGAAAAGCCAUUUAAAUGUUUCGACUGUGAAAAGAGCUUCAGUCAGAAAAUAGACCUUGCUCGUCAUCAGGCAACUCACACAGGAGAGAGACCAUUUAAAUGCUUGGUAUGUGGAAAUAACUUCCGUCAGAAGGCACACCUUGUUCGUCACCAGGCAGUUCACACAGGAGACAAGUCGUUUAAAUGUUUGGAAUGUGGAAAAGGUUUCUCUCUGAAGUUAGGCCAUGUUUAUCAUCAGGCAGUUUGCACAGGAGAAAAUCCAUUUAAAUGCUUGCAGUCUGAAAAGAGCUUCAGUCACAAGUAUGUCCUUAUUCAUAAUCAGGCAACUCAUACAAGAGAGAAACCAUUUAAAUGCUCAGAGUGUGGAAAGAGCUUCAUUCAGAAGGGGGGCCUUGUUAAUCAUCAGGCAACUCACACAGGAGAGAGACCAUUUAAAUGCUUGGAGUGUGGAAAGAGCUUCAGUCAGAAGGGGAGCCUUGUUAAUCAUCAGAAAAUUCACACAGGAGUGAAGCCAUUUAAAUGCUCAGAGUGUGGAAAGAGCUUCGGUCGAAAGGCGCAUCUUGCUUCUCACCAGGCAACUCACACAGGAGAAAAACCAUUUAAAUGCUCAGAGUGUGAAAAGAGCUAUAGUCGAAAGAGAACCCUUAUUUGUCACCAGGCAACUCACACAGGAGAAAAGCCAUUUAAUUGCUCAGAAUGUGGAAAGAGCUUCAGUCAGAAAUCAUACCUUGUUUGUCAUCAGGCAACUCACAGAGGAGAAAAACCAGAGUGUGGAAAGAGCUUCAGUCAAAAGGCACAUCUUGCUUCUCACCAGGCAACUCGCACAGGAAAAAAGCCAUUUAAAUGCUCAGAGUGUGAAAAGAGCUAUAGUCGAAAGACAUAUCUUGCUUGUCACCAGACAACUCACACAGGAGUAAAGCCAUUUAAAUGCUUGCAGUGUGAAAAGAGCUUCAGUCAAAAGAGAAACCUUAUCAGUCAUCAGGCAACUCACACAGGAGAAAAGCCAUUUAAAUGCUCAGAAUGUGAAACUAGCUUCAGUCGGAAAUCUUACCUUGUUUGUCAUCAGGCAACUCACAGAGGAGAAAAACCAGAGUGUGGAAAGAGCUGCAGGUGAAAUACAAACCUUCUUUUUUAAUUGUCAACCCACAUGGAGUAAAUGGGGUGAAAUCAAGUUCCCUCAUUUUACAUCAAAGAAGGCAUGAAUCUUUGUCAUAGAAACACUGAGUUAAAAAGCCAUGGUUUUUGGGGAAAAUAAUAACCUGAUCAAUUUUCAACCUGAUGAAAGAUCUCAUUAAAUAUAAGUGAUAAUAUUUUGAGAGCUAAAGGAAGGAUGUUUCAGGGUUUUUUUUAAAAAAAAAUCCAUUUGUGCAUACUGCUUACUGCAAAUGUUUCCUGUCAUGUAUUUUCAGGGUUAAAAUAUAUUUAAUUGAGAAGUUUGGGAAUAGGUUUGACUAAUGACUAACAUCCCUGUGUAUCAUUCAAUUGUAUGUAUGUGAUGGGGGGGUUUUCUUUUAUGAAAUAUCUAAUAAAGCAUAACUGAUUAUUUGUUUUCUAUUCAAUCCAU